AUGGUGGCAGGAGCAGGCUCUGUAAUGUUGGCUUAUACCAUGUUUCAAAAUUAUUUCCCCGACCUCCUCAAGCCUCUAAAGCGUUACAGCCACAGAAUCAUGAAUUUUUUCUAUCCUUACAUCGUGAUUAAAUUUUCAGAAUACGAGGGUGAUGGAUUUGAACGCAGCAAAGCAUUUGCUACAAUCGAAAGGUAUUUGAAUAAGAACUCCUCGAAGCAGGCGAAGCAUCUAAAGGCCAACGUUGUUCAAGACAGCCAGGCUAUAGUUCUUAGCAUGGCGGAUAACGAAGAGGUCACCGAUGAAUUCCAGGGGCUAAAGCUUUGGUGGGCUUCUGACCAUUCCGUUCCCAACAGGCAAUCGAUUUCAGUGUAUCCUAGGGAAGAUGACAACAGGUAUUUCACACUCACUUUCCACAAAAGGUACAGGGAUAUAAUCACCAAUUCUUAUCUGAAACAUGUUUUGGAUGAGGGAAAAGCGAUUACUGUUAAGGAAAGGCAGAGAAAAUUGUACACUAACAAUAAGAGUGAUAGUUGGCAUGGAUACAAGAGGACCAAGUGGAGCCACGUGAUAUUUGAACAUCCAGCAAGUUUCGAUACUUUAGCCAUGGAUCCGAACAUGAAGGAAGAAAUUGUCAAAGAUCUGAUGAGGUUUACUGAGGCAAAAGACUAUUACGCUAAGAUUGGCAAGCCAUGGAAGCGGGGGUAUCUCCUCUAUGGUCCACCUGGAACUGGGAAGUCCACCAUGAUCGCUGCCAUGGCUAAUCUUUUGAAAUAUGACGUUUAUGAUCUUGAAUUGACGGCCGUUAAGGACAACACGGAGCUGAGACAAUUGCUGAUAGAUACCUCUAACAAAUCUAUUAUUGUAAUAGAAGACAUCGAUUGUUCACUUGAUCUUACAGGCCAAAGGAAGAAGAAGGAGAAGACAGACGAUGAAAAGAAGAAAGAAAAGGAUAAGGAUCCAGUUAAGGCGGAGGUGAAGAAAAUGGAUGAAAAUAACCAGACUAGUCAGGUUACGUUAUCCGGGCUUCUUAAUUUCAUUGAUGGGCUAUGGUCAGCUUGUGGUGGUGAAAGGAUAGUUGUUUUUACGACGAAUUAUAAGGAGAAGCUAGAUCCUGCUUUGAUUCGGAGAGGAAGGAUGGAUAAGCAUAUAGAAUUAUCAUAUUGUAGCUUUGAAGCAUUCAAAGUUUUAGCAAUGAAUUAUUUGGACCUUAAAUCUCAUCAACUGUUUGGCAGGAUUGAUGAGCUGUUACAGGAAACCAAAACGACUCCUGCAGAUGUUGCAGAAAACUUGAUGCUCAAAUCAACUGAAGAAGAUGAGGAAGCUUGCUUGUUGAGAUUGAUCAAAGCUCUAGAAGAAGCAAAAGUGAAGGCUGAGGAAGAAGCAAAAACAAAGGCAGAGGAAGAAGCAAAAGCUAAGGCCGAGGAAGAAGCAAAAGCAAAAGCUGAGGAAGAAGAGAAGCUAAAGGCUGAGAAAGAGAAAGAAGAAAAUGGUAAAGAAGGUGUUAAACUUAAUGAAGAAGUGAAAGAAAACGGUGAAGUGGCUAAUGGUGUGAAAGAAAAUGGAGAUAUCUCUCAUUGA